GGGGUGAUGUGUCUGGAUAACUACCUCUAUGCAGUUGGUGGCUAUGAUGGUCAAACCCAGCUCAAAACGAUGGAGAGAUAUAACAUCACUCGAGACGUGUGGGAGCCCAUGGCCUCUAUGAACCACUGCCGCAGUGCACAUGGAGUCACGGUCUACCAAUGCAAGAUUUAUGUGUUAGGUGGAUUCAAUCAAGGGGGUUUCUUGUCCAGUGUGGAGUGCUACUGUCCAUGCAGUAAUGUAUGGACGUAUGUAACAGAUAUGCCCGUUGGGCGCAGUGGAAUGGGUGUUGCUGUAACCAUGGAACCCUGUCCUGGAAUCCUGUCAGAGGAGGAUGAGGAGAUGUAAUGUAGAAGUUUGACCUGUGAACUUUUUGAAUACAGCACAUGUUGCAUUUCCUUCAAACUUCUUAAUGCAAGUGAUGCCAAUAAGGACAUUUGUAUGUAAUUUAGGUUAAUUUGAAAGUUU